AUGCCACCGCCGCGAUCCCUGCGGCCCCUUUCUGGCCUCCGGCCCAACCCGCUGGCCGCCUCCCUUCAUCAUCGUCCUUUGCUAUGCCUGCGCGGCCUCGAACCCCUCGACCCGGGCGCGCGACCGGGCGCGGCCCGCACCGCCACUGCCGCGACAGCUCCCCGUCGGAGCUACGUCAGCCCGACGAACCCUCCGCCAACGACGACGCCGACGACGCCGACAGCGCCCGCCCUCGAGUCAUCGAUUGACGCGCGAAGAGAGCUGGAAGCGACGCUGCACGACCUCAAGAAGCACGCGGGCAGCUACGUCAACCUCUCGCGCCUGCACCUCGCGCUGCUGGGCCUCGGCCAACCCGCCGGCCAAGAGUCCAUCCGCGUCGCCGUGCUCGGGGUAGCUAACGAGGGCGACGCUUCCGGGACGGCAACCACGGCCAAGGCCGUCCUGCAGCUGCUGCUCGCGGACCCGCUCAAGGAUGCCGAGGAGUGGGAGACGCAGCUGGCCGCGCGUCGGCCGGGGUUUCCCGUCAUCGUCAAGGUCGGGCGCAAGAGGGACGGCCCCGACACGGGCGUCGUGAUGGAGCGGAGGGGCAUGUUUGAGGAGGUGCACGUCUCCUCGCCCGUUUACGACUCGUACAAUUUGGAGAUUUUGUUGAUGGACGUGAACCCGCCGUCGUCCCAGGAGGACGUCUCGAUCGAGGAGCAGCUGCUGGACCUGCCAGUCGACAUCCCCUCGAACACGGGCAAGUUUAGCCCCAUCAUGACGCCGGUACACAAGGCUCUCGUCGUGGCAGAUGGAUUCGCUAGUCUACGCUCCCUGGCAUCUGUGCCGGCGAACGACGAGACCAGCGUUAUUUACUCCGCCGUCAACAUCCCCGGAUACCACCCACCCGAGGGCACAAGUCUGCCGUUCCAGCCCAUCGACGUCGCAACCGCACGCCAGGGCGUCGACCUCAUCCGCCAGGAUAUCAGGAACGCAAUGGACUACGAGCGCGCUUGGUUCAGCAGCAACCUUCCAGCCCUGGCCGCCUGGCUCAAGACGGGCAUCGCCCAGCAGCCCGGCACCACAAAGCCUGUCGUUCUCUCUCUCGUCUCCUCCGUCCUGCAGGAGACAGCAGCCGCCAUCCAGGCUGCGGAGUCGCGUCGUUUCGCCGGCAAGCUUACCGUCGCGACGCAGUCGCCCUCCGCUUUGGCGCGGUGGAAGAAGCUGGGGUGGUGGAAGCUGUUCUGGCGCGUCGACGACGUGACCAUGCUAACCAACGACAUGCUCAACCAGCAGUUCCUCCCCAGCGCCGAGAAGAACCUCGUCCCUCUCGUUCCCCCAACCCGUACCCUCCUCCCCGCCACGGUCCCACCCCAACGGGAGACCCGCUGGCCUACCCACAUCUCCUUUACCCGCCGCUACCUCCAAGAGGAGACCAUCCCCGCACUACAGGCCUUGGCCCAGAAGCUUGUCCUUCAAUGCUACGCGACCUGCGGCCUGACCGCCUCGUUGUCGGGCCUCCUCUACGUUUCUGCCGGGGUCUCUAGUUUGUACGAAGCAGGCGCCGUCGCUGCUCUGGGUGUCGUAUGGAGCCUACGGCGGCUGCAGAAGAAGUGGGAAGCCGCACGCGGCUUUUGGGAGGGCGAGGUGCGCGAGGAGGGUAGGAAGGCGGUGAGAGGUGCCGAGGAGAGCAUAGCCCAGGCCGUCGAAGGCGGAUCUGGCGCGGGAACCCUCGCCGGGGAGGGCGAGGCAGAGCUUGAGAGGGUGCGCGAGCUAGUAGCCAAGGCAGAGGAAGCCCUGGCUAGGUUGAAGUAG